AUGUCUAGACCUGGAGCCUUCGGAUCAAGCCUUGCCGACUUGGCUCGCGUGUUGCUCCAAAAUGGGCCUCAUAAAACAUUUACACCAUCCCGACGUAUACGUGUGAUUCUGAAUCACAGUGUAAUAGUCGACACAACCGAAGCUCAGUACAUCUGGGAGCACCCUGGUUUCCCGCAGAUAUACAUUCCCUGGAAGGAACUUAAAAAUAGCACCUUCACCGACAUAGAGUGGAUCAAAAGCGAAACUAUUGCACAAGCCGCUGCGAUUGUUCAGUUAACAGUCCCUGCGACGGAGGGUGUUGAGGAGCGAAAGACAGAUCGAGUGCUCCGUUUUGUUGAUGACAAAGCUUUAGGGCCACUGGCGGGUUUGGUGAGACUAGAAUUUGGGUCUAUGGACCAGUGGCUCGAGGAAGACGUACCCAUCUUUGCCCACCCGAAAGACCCGUUCAAGCGCCUUGAGCUUCUUCCAUCUUCUCGGCCCAUUCAAGUGAAAGUUGGUGGCAAGACAGUCGCGAAGGCUGCAUCGUCGGUUCACCUCCAUGAAACGGGUCUCCCGGUGAGGUACUAUCUGUCACUCGGGGCCGUUGACCAGAGUGUACUCCGGAAGAGUGACUUGACAACCAUUUGCCCAUAUAAGGGUGUUGCAGAGUAUUAUCAUGUGGUAGUAGAUGGACAGACAUAUGAGAAUGUAGUGUGGUAUUACAACCACCCUACACAAGAGAGUUUUGGAAUUACUGGGUUGCUGUCGUUUUACAACGAAAAGGUCACAAUCUUGAUUGAUGAUGAGGCCAAAUAG